GGGCGAGGCACGCGGCUCGAGCGCUCGCAGGCGUGCGGCGGGGCGGGGGCGGGCGCGGGCACGGGCGCGUAGCGCGGCGCGGUGGCGGGUGCGCGCGCGGCGGCGGCGGCGGCGGCGGUGCAUGCACGCCACCGGCCACACGGACCGCUCGGGCGGCGGCGGCGGCGGCGGCUCUUGGCGCCUCCCGCCCGACGAGACGCUGCAGGUCGCCGACCCCAAGUCUGCGAAGGAAGAGGAGCUGUACCAAGGAGAUGGACACAACUGGAAGAGUAUCAUAUUUUCAUUGAUGGUAAUCAGUUUUGUCAUCGCCGGUAUUGUUACAGCCAUUUAUUUACUAGGUUACGUAGACGAACUUCUUUACUGGUCGGGGCGUCGCAUGAGAUUAGACGAGUUUCUUCGGGGAGACCUUACAGGAGAGAGGCUGCCUACCACUUGGGUCAGCUCCCAUCAACUGGUCUACCAAGCAGACGACGGCGGACUUUUAGCUUUAGAUACUUUCAACAACACACUUUCUGUACUCGUCACGAAUCACACCCUGAGGCAGCUGAAUGUCCGCGGGUACCAGUGUUCGCCCAACCUACGUUACGUUCUCUUCCAACACAAUAUCAAGGAGGUUUAUCGACGGACGUUUACAGCGCACUACACAGUUUAUGACGUCACAAACGACCACCAUAUCCCCCUAUUCGGUGAGGGCCAGAGAAGUUGGGAGUGGCAGCACGCCGCGUGGCUUGGGGGAGAUGGGUCGUUGCUACUGGCGGCAGAUAACGAGGUCAUGGCCCAACCGGGCCCGCCGGCGAGGCGAGCCCCGCUGCUGCGGCUCACCAGUGACGCGGUGCCCGGCCGGGUAUACAAUGGGGUGUCAGAUUGGUUGUACCAAGAGGAGAUGACAAAAACAUCAUCAGCUAUGUGGGGAUCUUUUGAUGGCACCCUAGUACUGUACGUUCAGUACGAUGACAGUUUGGUAUCGGAGCUCAAGUUUCCCCGGAUCUCAGAAGGAAUAGGAGGCAUCGGAGCGGCCAGGUCAGGAUUCCUGCUCCCCACGCUAAACAACACCGCGCCCACAGUCUUCCCCGACCACAUUACUAUCAGAUACCCCACGCCCGGCAGCUCAAUACCGAUAGCGAGGUUAUGGAUAGUAGGUGUUCAAAAUGUAACUUCGCCUCCGAGAUGGGAAGUCAAACCUCCGAGCACGUUAGAUGGAAUGGAAUAUUACCUCAUAUCAGCCCAGUGGGUGGGCAAAGAUAAUGCACAUGUAGGGGUAGUGUGGAUGAAUCGUGCACAAAAUCUCACCGUAUAUAGCAGCUGUUAUGCACCUAACUGGACUUGCACCGAGACGCAUUCUGAAAAGGCGACGGAUGAGCCCUGGUUGGAAGUCCAUCCACAGCCGGUAUACUCGGCUGACGGAAGUGCAUUUCUUCUUCUGGCUGCCGUGCAAGAAGGUGGUGGACAAUACUACACACACAUAAAACAUGUGGAUGUGUUGAGACAACGCAUUGCGGUAUUAUCACAUGGGAAAGUAGAAGUGGCAGAGAUCCUGGCAUGGGACCAGGAAAACCAUUUAGUUUAUUAUUUAGGUAGUGCAGAGCGGCCGGGUCAGCGGCAGGUGUACGUAGUGCGUGACCCUAGUUACGGGGGCGGCAGUAAUUCGGUGCGAGCUCGGGCGGAGCGCGAAGAACCUCGGUGCCUUACAUGCGAGUUGGCGGUGUGGCCCGCUCGCUUGCACUAUGCGAACUGCUCCUUUUGGAGAGCUACAUUUUCUCCACCCAAGCCGAGAAUAGGCAUAACGCAUUACGUUCUCGAGUGCGGUGGCCCGGGCCCUCCUCUUGCUGGUCUUCACGACGCUAGAACUCAUAAGCUAGAAAGAAUAUUAUAUGAUACGAGGCCUUAUAGAUCGGUACGACUCCGGGAGUUGGCACUGCCCACCCGGCGGUCGUUCGACGUGCAGCUGGGCAGCGGGUCUAGGGCUCGAGUCCAGCUGAUGCUUCCACCUUCCUGGAGAGAGGAGUUGCGGGACGCCGCCUUCCCUGUGCUAGUUUAUGUAGACGGCCGACCAGGUAGUCAGCAGGUGACGGAAAAAUUCCUAGUAGACUGGGGUUCUUACAUGUCGUCACGAAACGACGUAGUCUAUGUGAAAUUAGACGUAGCGGGCGCCAAGGGCCUCCCCAGGGCGCUGUUACGGGGCCGUUUAGGAGGUGUUGAAGUCGCGGACCAGUUGGCUGUUAUUAGAUAUUUGUUAGAGACGUUCAAGUUUUUGGACGUUACCCGCGUGGCGGUGUGGGGCUGGGGGUACGGCGGAUACGUCACGGCCAUGCUGCUGGGCUCACAGCAGUCCACGCUCAAGUGUGGGAUCGCCGUCUCGCCGAUCACUGAUUGGCUGUAUUACAACGCCGCAUUCACGGAGCGAGUGCUGGGUACGCCGUCGGUGAACUACAAGGGGUACGUGGAGGCGGACGCGUCGCAGCGCGCUCACCACGUGCCCCCGCACGCGCUGUACCUCGUGCACGGCAUGGCCGACAUGAGCGCGCCCUAUCCGCACGCGUUGCAGCUGGCCCGCGCGCUCACUGACGCCGGUGUGCUCUUCAGAUAUCAGGCGUAUGCAGACGAAGGUCAUGAUCUGAAGGGUGUUAUCGAACACGUUUACAGGUCUAUGGAGGACUACCUUCGGGAAUGCCUCUCCCUUGACCCUGAGGACACAAAACUGCCUCCGCCGGAUAGAUAAGACUGGCAAGCCACACCUACUUAAAGCAAUAACUUGUCUCCAAAGACCUCACAGUAAAAUAGGUUAAUUAAAAUCUUCUAUAAACAAAACUUGAUAAAACAGCUGGGAAACAUGCAAAAUUGAUCAAAAGCAAACAAAGAACAAGUUACGCAUGUCUUUGAGAAUGAUAUUAUUCAUAAGAUGUUUUACAGAAUUGUCAAUAAUUUGUCUAUUCGUUGUUAAUAUUACUGCUGUCUGUAAAUAUGUAAAAAUGAUGAUAGUGCUUUAAUGAAAUGUGUUCCCCUCGUUGAUGUCUUCGUGCGAACUCGCAGAAGUCGAUGCAACCACGAGGUCUAUGUGAUUAGUUUAGGAAAUCAUAACUUAUGAUAAUAGAAAUAAUUCCGUUCUGCAAAAGACGAUGCGAAAUAUAAUCGAUAAUAGUUAGCAAUAGUUUUAUUUUAGGAUUAUUAAUUUUGUUACGGAAACAUGCGAGAGCGGACAGCGGACAAUUGGCAUUUAGUGCUUUAAUUCAAGUCUAUGCACUUCACUGACUAAAAAUUAUACAGUUACGGUUCACCGAUCGGUUGUCCCCAAAAUUGUGGUUAGUUCUGAAAAUGUUUGUUAGUGUAUUUCAUCAGACUACUGAAUUAAAGUGCCAGGUGACAGGUUUAGAAUAGUAUUUAUAUCUUUAAAUUGAAUAUUUCCUCAUUCGAUCCAUAAAACUUCGCUUCAGCACCCUUCGGCUAAACUGUCAUACUGUGUCUUCUACAUCUAAGUAUAGCCUAGAUAGGAAAUUAAUUUCUUAUUGUGAAAAAGGUUUAUGUAAUUUAAAAAAUAUAUACUUACCUUACCUACACUUAUCGUCAUCAGUUCACGUGUUACACGCAAUAUUGGUGUAACAGAAUAAUGCAGUUACGGUCAACAGCAUGAACAAUUUUUAAGAUUAUGUCGGAAUUUUAGGCUGUAAAUUAACUGAUAGGUUUUUGUGCUGUUUUCUGAACAAUGUGAUCAUAAAUACUCAUAGAAUUUCGAGCUUGUUCACUUAGGCUUUUACUAACAUUUUCUACUACCUCUUUUACUAUACCAAGCUUUUUUACAUUCUCUACUCCUUUAUAGAAUUACGCACUACCGGAAAACUUUGUUACAUGAAGGGAAUUAUCUUUAAUGAAAUGUAAUCUUGUAAUAAUACCAUAGUUGUUACUUUAUCCGAUUGUUAAAACUAAUAAAAAUGAGGAGCUUAUCAUUUAGGGAACUUUACUAGGCCUUUUAAAAUGUAUUAAAAUGUUUCAUUUGAUUGUCAGACAUUUGGAAAUGUUAAGUUUUUCACAAGUAUAGUGCUGUUGUUAUAAAUACCUCGUACGACAUUGUAUAUAAGAUAUCAUAAUUUGUGUAAAUUUGAUCGAAGGAAACGCAUUUUAUAGUGACUUAUAAUAUUUAGAAAUGAAGUGACCUUGAUCAUCCCUAACCUUAGCUGCUUUUGCUCCAUCACAUCACCAUUAACUCUUCCUAGUAUUAAGUAUGUUACAUCCCUAUACAAUAUCAAGUAAGAUUCUCAUAUCGAUCUUAUGAUACGGUUGGUUACUAUACAAAAAAUGAAUUCCAACAUCCAACCUUCUGUGGAAUCAAUACUAAAUGUGUUUAUGAAUUUCGAAACAAUUAUCUCGAUAUUUGUAGCCGGUGAAUAUAUUUCACCGUAGAAACUCAAAACCGAUAUAUUUUGAGUAAUAAGCUUGUACAAAAUACUUUUUAAUUGAGCUAGGAAAUUUGCCUUUCUAAUAGAUAUUUCAAUAACGAGUAGGCAGUCACCGAAUUAGUUUGUAAUUCAUAACUGAAACUUAAAUCAUACUUACCAGUACGAACAACAAUUUAUCAGAAAAAAAUUGACUUGUAUCAAGUCGAAACUUGGAAGACGUCGAUAUGCAUUUUAUCAGAAGAAUUAUAUUUUCAAGCGCUGUUCCCGCAUGGGGACUGGAAUGGUGAUGUACGUUUGAUGAUGAUAAAGAUGAUGAUGAUUUAACUUUGUUGUUAAUUUCACCGAACUGUGACAUAACUAGAUAAUUCAUUGUUGUUGUAUAGAGAUAAAAGUUUGCCGAUAUUUGUUAAGUGUUAUCGGAUACCUGCAUAGACGCAUAUCGCACAUUCCACGUUGUGAAGACUGCCAAUUUGGUCUAAAUUUUACAAUCAUUGUAAUAAUUAAAUACCUACGAUACGUCGAUGAGAUUAAUUUCAAUUGCCGUUAUGGUCUUAAGGAUGCUGUGAUUCUUCUAUUGCAUAAUUUUAAAGAUAUUGAAUUAAAAUUAUAUUAAAUAAAUUAUUAAUAUUAUAUCCAUCUGAAACUACGUAGGGCCUAGUGAAAUCGAAUUCGUUGUAAUUAUUAAAUUAAUUAAUUAUUACUAUAAGAUUGUACUGUUAAUUUAGAUAUUUUGAAAUUCUUCCAUUGUAAAUGUAACAAAAUUUUGCUUUACUUUAUCAGGAGUUGAAACAAACAUAGACAAUAUAAUAUGGGCUACGUGUACAUCACACAACAUAAUAUGAGAUUUUAUAGUUAGAUAAAAUACGAGAGAGUUCGGAAACCGGGUGCUUUAAAUUUUACAUCAUGUUGUAUGUAUUGAUUUCUUUAGCGAUUGUUCUCUAGUUAUACAUUAAUAUCAAUACGAUUUGCUAGUGAACGGGGCAAGGUGCAAGCAUCAGUAGGCCGAUCGACCCAGUGUUAGUGAAAAGAUAAUUAAAAUUUUGUUUACUCUACUCGACACCUGAUGUCGGUAGGCCUAAUCAUGCAGCACGCUUAAUGCUAAGUAAUGAAACGUGCAAGGCGAAGCUAGUCUUAAAUAUAAGAGUUCUUUAAAACUAAGUGGGGUCUUUCUCAAUGUGAAAAAUAAAUCAGCGGAUAACACCAAUUUAAUUCGUGUAUAGCGUUUUUAUAGAACGAAAUGGUAGAAUACCGGGACGUUGUUAAAUUAGCACAAGGUUGGUUCUAUAAAUUAUUUGCACGCCGCUUAUCUCCUAUCUUCCUUCAGUAAAUUAUAGUCCUUUAGUCUUCCAAUAUAGCGAAAGCUUCCAUACAUCGUCUUAAUCUUGAAGCAGGAAAGUAGGAACUAUUUGUGAUGAAACUAUGUCAAUUAUUUCAUAUUCCUCUCUCUGAACAGCUACGUAAAUAUUUAUUUAAUCACAAUAUUCUCCCGAAACUAUUAAAUUAAAUUUAGAUUCUUGUCCUAGUUUAUCCAAAUUCAAUGGAUUGGAUGUGGUAUUAAUGUGAAUCAGUAAUGCUGUGUUUUUAGGAUCACCUGCAAUAUAUGCUGGACUGCACUCGACUAAAACACGCGAUGCCAAGGUAAACAAAGAUCUGGACCAAAAGUCUAAUUAUAUCUGUAUCGGGCUCUUAGAAUGCCUAUGGAAUAAUAAUACAGCUAUCAUAAGGAAACAUAAGAACAUUAAUUGGUAACGACUAGCGCAUUUUAUGUAAGCUUCCAUUAUUCCAAACGAAAAGAUCUUUUUCAAAAGGUUAUCGCAGUUUCGUGAUCCCAACAAUAAAUUGUUGCCUUAUUUGAUUAAAAAUUGUCUAUGAUAUAGCUAGUACAAUUUAACACAAGGCUUAACUGACCGUCAUUGUAAGUCAGAUAAUUUGUUUUAUUAUAAUUAUACAGUCGAGUGCGGUCUUAGCGCAGAGUUAGUGUCCGCCUUCGUAUACAUAUUAGAGCGCCGCGGAUGGCUCCCUUAGCAGUUAGAUCGAGAUUGUUCGAUAAUAGAGUGCAAUAAUGGUAGGUAUACGUAAUAAAGCAAAACUGGAUCCCUCAUAGUAAACUGAAUAAUUUGACCAGCAAUUUAUGAGGACAACCUAUACCUAUAAUAAAUUGUUUACCUAAUUUGUAGGUCUAUUUUGCGAGACUGAACGACAAAUUCCAACUGUAAUGAAGUAUAGAUACCCUGAUGCAUGAAAAUUUAUUUAAAGCGCAUGAGAACUUAAAAUAAAUAGUUUAUACCAUUAUUGCACUCAAUGUAUUUUCAUUCGAUGACCCUAGAAAAGCAUCUAAAUUCUACGUUACCUAUUGUUAAUCAGUGUUAUAAAUCUUAUCGUCUCGUUUAAGAGUUACAGUGUUGUAUAGAUUGGUACGUUUCAUUUGUAUAUUCUGAGAAUUAUUCUGUUAUGAUUGUAAAGUUUCUUUAAAUAAAUAAAAUUUUGAAAUUUACAUAAUCGUUCAUCGCGUAGUUUUUAUUUCCUUGACUAUACAGUAUAAUGACAUUUAAUUCUCUGGUAUCUCAAGGUGCAAAUUACUGGGACCGUCCAUGUUGUAGUUCCUUCUCCACAUUUCGAUGCUGCGGAAAUAUUUUUCUAAAUGUUCAUCUUUCAUAGAUAGAUCAGCUGGGCUCGCAUGCGUAUCGCCGGUGGUUCCACUAACAGCACCAUCUGAAUUACAAUUUGAUUGGGAUAAGUUCCGCAUCAACUCGUAAUGUGAAAAAUUCAUUGACAUAACGGAAGCGUUAUCAAUGCCUUGGUUGAAAACGAAACUUGGAUAUGCAUCCUUAAUCAUUUCCAUCAUUCUUUUAUUAGACGAUAUUUGAGUAUCUGGGCAGUGUUCUGAAUUUGCCAACUUACUUUUCUUGAGUCUACCGAGCGCUAAGUCUAAUGAUCUUACAGCAUCAUUAAUAUAGAAAGACUUACGCUUAACAGCAUCAUUUUUCGACCUCAAUCCAGCAGAAGGUCCACUGUUACAGGAUUUCGCUUUAUUCAUGAACUUCCUUUCGUUGUUGGCUUCGUUAUUAUUUUCCAUUUUGUGUGCUUUACUCGUAAAUUUAGAUAAAUAGGUUCAUACUUAGGAAUUUGUAAUCAUUAGAACAGAACUAUCACUCAAUAUAUCUUGCUGAUUGAUAUCUGUCUGCUAUUUCAUUUUGACGGUCGUGAGCAGUCGAGCACGGUCGAGGAUCGAAAAGAGUAUCAAAUUAAUAAAUAAUGAUUUCCAAAUUUCC